ACGGCCGCCAUUUUGUGCCUUAGCAGAAGAGGCGCGCGCGCUGGGCAGUUUUUUUUAAAAUAAAAUUGAUUUAAUUAUUGUUUUAACUGGGUGCAGUAUAAAUUAUUUUAACAAGCGGGCGGAAGUCCCCUUCCGUAGCUGCAUGGCGGCAGAAAACCAGGCUGGGCUCGCCGCUGAGGCGGCGAUUUCCUUCAGCGGAGGUGGUCCGGAUGGUUUCAGAAGUGGCCUCGGUGGCGGGACAAUGCGGCGUCUCAGUGACUUACGAGUGAUCGACCUCCGCGCCGAACUGAAGCGCCGCAAUCUGGACACAGGCGGCAACAAGAGCGUCCUCCUCGAACGGCUGAGGAAGGCUAUUGAGGAUGAAGGAGGAAAUCCUGAUGAAAUUCCAGUGCCAUCAGAAACAGCCCCCAAGAGAGUGCCCAAGAGAAGUAGCAAAGGGCGUAGACCAGAGGAAGAAGGAGUUGAAGACAAUGGACUUGAGGAUGACUCUGGAGAGGGGCAGGAGGAUAUUGAAACAAGUUUGGAUAACUUGCAGGAUAUUGACAUGAUGGAUAUUAGUGUGUUAGAUGAAGCUGACAUAGAUAACGGCAGUGGUACUGAGAGUAGACUGGGCUCCCUCUCUGAUAGCAAAAGAAAUGCUGGUGCAGAAAGGAGAGACCUUCCAGAACAGCUUGCAGGAUGUCCCGUAGGUAACAUGGAGACACCUCCACCCUUGUCAGAUAUUAAAGAAGAACCAAGAGAAAUACUAGUUGCCAUGGCAGAGGGUGAAGAUGCUGGUGACGUUCUCGAUCGGGCAUCCUCUGACUUUACACAUUUGAAGGAACUUGAAGAGUUUCCCUUGGAAUCAGAAAAUGAGAAAAUGCUCGACAUUUUGGGUGACACUUGUAAAUCUGAGCCCCUUAAAGAAGACGCUUCUGAAGCGGAGCAGGCGCAGGAAGCGAAUAACCCGUUGCCAGGCAAACAGGCAGCCGAGGAAGAAGAAGAAGACACGCUUGCCACCACUGCUCAGCCGGAUGAAGACCUGUUAGAAAUGGACAGCCAGUCAGGCCAGGUUUUGGCCAAGCACGAGGAGGAAGAAGAGGAGGAGGAGGAAGAGGAGGAGGAGGAAGAGGAGGAGGAAGAGGAGGAGGAGGAGGCGAAGCACUUAGUAAUAGCAAAAGGGGAGCUGAGCGAACAGACAGAUGAGGAAGCCAAUCUGGACUCUGACUCUUUAGCGGUAGAGAACAGGAGUGGUGGAGGAGGAGGUGGAGGUGAGAGUAGCAGAGCAGCCCAAACUCUGGAAGCCAGUAGUGAGGAAACUGCGGAGACGGACACAGGUCCCCAAGUGGUUAGCCAAGAUGCGGAGAAGAUGGAAGCGAAGGCUAAUUGUGAGGAAGAGUCCUCUGCCACUAGAGAGUCCUCUGCCAAAGAGGGCGGUGAUCAGAACACGAGCCCUAAGGAGGAUGCAGAGGCUAAAACUGCUUUGAAGGAUGAGAAGGGUCGCUCCAGUGAUAGCCCUGGCAGGAACCUGUGGGUUAGUGGUCUUUCCUCUUCAACCAGAGCAACAGAUCUGAAGAAUCUGUUCAGUAAAUAUGGAAAGGUGGUGGGUGCCAAAGUGGUGACAAAUGCCCGCAGUCCUGGCGCUCGCUGUUAUGGCUUCGUCACUAUGUCAUCUUCCGAGGAAGCAACCAAAUGCAUCAGCCACCUGCAUAGAACAGAACUGCAUGGGAAAAUGAUCUCUGUGGAAAAGGCCAAAAAUGAACCUGCUGGGAAAAGGGCCAUAUCUGACAAGAUACAAAACGAAGUAAAGAAAGAGAAGGACAGACGCCACUCAGCAGACUCUAGAUCGGAAAGAUCCCUGAGCCUUAAAAAGGAAGAAAAAGUAGACAAAAGGGAUGAUUCCAAGAAACUGGAUGGAAAAGAUGGUGCAGAAGAAAAAGCGGGGAAAGAAAUGGAGGAGUCCAAGGUGGUAUCCUCUGGACGCUCACGCUCUGUUAAAUCUGCAAGCCGCGGAACUGAGCGGACUGUGGUCAUGGACAAAUCCAAGGGCGAGCCUGUUAUUAGCGUGAAAACCACGACCACAUCGAAAGAGAGAAGCACAAAGAGCCACGAUCGCAAAUCUGAGAGCAAAGAGAAACAAGACAUUCUAUCUUUUGAUAAAAUCAAAGAGCAGCGUGAGCGAGAGCGGCAGAGACAACGAGAACGAGAAAUUCGAGAGACGGAACGACGAAGGGAGCGCGAGCGCCGAGAGCGGGAGCAGCGCAUCCAGGCCGCCCAGGAGUGGGACGUCCGGCAGCGGCUGCAACGGGAGCGAGAGCGGCUCUACCUGCAGCGGCAGCGGCUGCAGCGGGAGCGGCUGGAGCGGGAGCGGCUGGAGCGGGAGAGGAUGCACAUCGAGCAGGAGAGGAGGCGGGAGCAGGAGCGCAUCCAGCGGGAGCGGGAGGAGCUGCGGCGGCAGCAGGAGCAGCUGCGCUACGAGCAGGAGCGCCGCUCUGCUCUGAGGCGGCCAUACGAUUCUGAUGGCAGCAGGCGUGACGAUUCUUACUGGCCAGAGCCAAAGCGGAUGACCGUGGAUGACAGAUACCAUUCUGACUUCAGUCGACAAGACCGCUUCCACAGCUUUGACCACAGGGACCGCAGUCGGUACCCGGACCAUCCAGUGGACAGGAGAGAGAGCUCCAGGACAGUACCCGAUCGAGAUGGACAGCGCUAUCCUGAUGAACGACACGGAGGGCCCGACCGCCACUCCCGGGACUCCCGGGACAGCUGGGCAGGUUACGGAUCAGAGAGGAGGUUAAGCAAAGGACAUGGAUUGCCACCCCCGUCCCGAGAUGGGCGCGACUGGGGGGAUCACAGCCGCAAGGUCGAGGGGCAUCAGGAUCGCUCAUGGCCGAGUGAUGUGGAUGGUGGGAUCAUUGGACGGGAUCAUGAAAGAUGGCAAGGUGACAGGAGCAUUUCCAGCCAAUCAGGGCCUGGCCACAUAAUGAACAGAGGAGGAAUAUCAGGGCGUGGAGGGUUCAUGCAGGGUGGAGCCCAGAACCCAGUGGCGCAAGGAGCUAGUCUGCAAAGCAGCUUUGCUAGCCAGGAUAGAACGAGUCGACCCAGCGACCCUCGUUUCACCCGGCGCUACUGAAUGUUCUUCCAUUUUGAAUGCUGUGUGGCCACCGCAUUGAAUUUUGUUCCCUGGUCAUCGUCGUGAACAUUCACUGCUGAAACAGGAAAUCACAGCACCCUCCCGUAGCUUGCACCCAAUGUGAAUUCAAGUGUGUGUGUUUGUACUCCCCAGGCCAAAUAUGUUAUUCUCUGGAUACUGCUCGAUUGUUUCAGAGGAAACAUUCCAUUUUCCAUAAACAAUAAAGCUGUAUUGUAUUGUG